CCAAAAUGACUUUUGCGUCAUUGGCUUUGCCCCUCCCCUUCCGCUCCCGAUCUACUUCCGGGCACCGUUUGGAAUGGAACCGCACGGCUACGCUAAAUACAUCCCCCCACCCCAGGAAUUAGUGACGAAAGUACCAAAAUGUCGACGAGACGUCCGUAACGACUGAGCUCAAACAUAAUUCGUCAAAUAUUCUUGCCCGGCCGGGUAAACUUAUCUCGCUGCAAGUCGGGGCUUCUCGGGCCCGGUUAGCUUAGCUCGGCGUAGCGUAGCGUAGCGUCGCUUUAGCUCAGCAAACAAAGAGACGCGCUUGGUCUGUUCGCAAAGUCAGCGGGCAUCAGGCGUGAGUGGAAGGCGUCGUCGGCUGUCGCGCGAAAAUGUGCGCAAGGAGCGUGAAAAAGGAAGAGUAUGAGGAGGAAAUCUGUCGGAGCGAAGAGGCCGAACCACAACGUCGUCGUCAACAAGGGCUUGCGGAGCUCGGGGCAGACAUCGGGGAAGAAGAUCCUUGGCAGCAGGAGCCCGAGCAGCUGAACACGAAAGAGGAGAAGGAGGCCGAGUUGCUGCACUUUAAAGAGGAAGGGGAGCCCGCCCGCAUCAAAAAGGAAGAGCGGGAGGAUGAAGUCACCCGGUUUCCAGCGACCGCCGAGAGCGAAGAUGCUGACGGAGAAGCCGGAGGACCACCGACGGACGGCCUCAUCGCGCCGCUAUCCGAUGACAAUGACGACGAUGCUGAUGAGGAAGACCCCCAAGGUGACACGACAUGCCACGGCGACGGAAGAUGUUUUCGAUGCGCUCACUGCGGCCAAACUUUUUCCAGCAAGGCGCUGUGGAGAGCGCACGCCAGAACGCACCCUGGGGAAAAACCUUUUGCCUGCUCCAUUUGCGGCAAAAGAUUCUCCUUUAAGUCCGCUUUACCGGCGCACGAGAGAACGCACACGGGCGAAAAACCUUUUGCGUGCUCGGUUUGCGGUCGGAGCUUUUCCGUCAAGUCCAAUUUGACAAAGCACUCCGUCGUGCACACCGGGGAGAAACCUUUCGCCUGCUUGCUGUGCGGCAAAAGAUUUACCGCCAAGGACAGCUUAAUUCGGCACAGCCACGCGAAAAAACACACCGGCGAAAAGCCCUUCGUCUGCUCGUUCUGCGGUAAAAGAUUCUCUUUCAAGUCGAAUUUAUCAAGACACGCAAAAGAACACACCGAGGAGAAACGUUUUGCCUGCUCACAUUGUGACCGAAGAUUCACCGAUGAGAAACACUUGACGACGCACAUCCGAAUACACACCGGAGAUAAACCUUUUGUCUGCUCGCUGUGUGGUCAAAGCUUCUCCGUCAAGGCGUAUUUGGCGAGCCACAUGCUGAGACACGCUGGGGAGAAGCCCUUCGCCUGCUCAGUUUGUGGCAAGACAUUCACCGAAAAGAAAGGUUUAGACUCGCACGCGCGCAUGCACAGCGGGGAGAGACCGUUUGUCUGCUCGGUCUGCGGUCAGAGCUUCUCUCUCAAGUCCAUCCUGAACAAGCACGCGCUCAGGCACGCGGAAAACAAACCUUUUGCCUGCUCGGUGUGCGGGCAAACAUUUAUCGAAAAGAAAAACUUGAAGGCGCACAGCAGCACGCACACCGGGGAGAAGCCUUUUGCCUGCUCGCUGUGUGGCAAGAGAUUCACUCGCAAGGCCACUUUGGUGCCGCAUGCGAGGAUCCACAGCGGCGAGAAGCCCUUCCGCUGCAGCGGCUGCGACCAAAGCUUCUCCCGUCAGGGCCAGAUCAAGUCGCAUCGGUGCGCCGGACGCGACGGCCGCCUGGAGGCCGGGGCCUAAGCCUCGGCUCGGAUCUCUCUCGGCCCGCGUCUUCCAAUGCGCCGAGUGACGUCUUCGCGCCGCGCUUGUUCGGGGGCACGCGUUCUUUUACUCUCAAUCGUGGUUGUUUGUGUUGUGACUUUCAUCGGGGGUCCCUCCUCCCCGUGUGUCCUAUGCCGUGAUCGGGCAUGGAAGGCGCUGAGGGCGAGGGACGCGGUUGACUUUUCUCGCCCGAGUCGCCGCCGCCGGUUUUGUUUGCGUCGCGGAAAUCCGGCAUGAGCCGUUCCCCCGCGUUUGCUGUUGCGCUUUUUAAAAGGCCAUCGUUUGGAAUGUUCGUGUCAACCUUCCCGUAUGCUCGUGAGCGAUGUCACGUCAGUCAACGCUCGUUCGCACUUUUGGCUCGUGUGCCAACUUUUGGAACGACAACGAAUGAAUUCUUGACCUUGU